UGUGCAAUCGAGGAAGCUGUAGCCAAUGAAUGCUUUGAGGAGCCAUUGUUGAGGAUGGUACGUUACAGUGGCUGAUGACAUGAAAAUUCUGGAUGACGAUCCAAAAAGCUUUGGACUAUCACAUUCUCCGAGCUUGGAAUGCUUGGUCGCAUCAUUAGAGCAACAAACUGAGAAGUCUGAGACACAUUCAGCUAGGCCGCAUAGUCUUGCAGACGGGCUUCUCGGAGCGCCUGAUCCUGUGGCUGCUGACAUUCUAAGAAAGGAGCCACAACAAGAAACGUUUGUUCGCAUGAAAGUCACACCUUAUGACCCGCCUACAGCCGAAGAAGAGGAAGUUUGCAUUGUGCUACAGCAGUGUUUGGCUCUAAGAGAAAAAUAUUUAUUUGUGGAAAAGGAUCCACCAUGGCGGAAAGGAAUGUUUUGUGCAUCAGGAUUUAAUCCAGAUCCUUUCCACUACGAACCAGAACCUCGAUCGCAGCAUGUUUUUAAAGAGAUAGAUGGUGUUAUACAUGUUUAUGCAAAUUCAGAAGCAAAGGAGGAGUUGUUUCCCGUUCCUGACGCAACUACAUUCUUUACGGACAUGCACCGAAUACUUAGACUUACAGGACUAGGAAAUGUGCGAACCUUCUGUUACCAUCGGUUACAUCUUUUGGAACAGAAAUUUAGCCUUCAUCUCAUGCUUAAUGCGGACAGAGAGUUUCUUGCUCAGAAGAGUGCCCCUCAUCGAGAUUUUUACAACGUCAGGAAGGUUGACACUCACGUCCAUCAUUCAUCUUGUAUGAACCAAAAGCAUCUUUUGCGAUUUAUAAAGUCAAAGCUGAGAAAUGAACCCGACGAGGUUGUUAUCUUUCGGGAUGGCCAAUAUCUUACUCUUAAGGAAGUCUUCGAAAGCUUGGACUUAACAGGGUACGACCUGAAUGUGGAUUUGCUUGACGUCCAUGCUGAUAAAAAUACGUUUCAUCGCUUCGACAAAUUCAAUCUUAAGUACAAUCCUUGUGGUCAAAGCCGGCUUAGAGAGAUCUUUCUGAAGCAGGACAAUCUUAUCCAGGGGCGCUUCUUGGCGGAGCUAACAAAAGAAGUUUUUCAGGAUCUUGCUGUCAGCAAGUACCAGAUGGCGGAGUACAGGAUAUCCGUAUAUGGAAGAAAGCAAAGUGAGUGGGAUCAACUAGCAAGCUGGAUUGUAAAUAACGAGCUUUACAGCGAAAACGUUGUAUGGCUUGUUCAAGUUCCUCGACUCUACAUAUUUUACAAGAUGAUGGGCAUUGUUACAUCCUUUCAAACCAUAUUGAACAAUUUAUUUCUUCCAUUAUUUGAAGUCACGAUUGAUCCUGGUUCGCAUCCGCAGCUACACAUAUUUUUGAAACAGGUGGUAGCAUUCGAUAUGGUUGACGACGAGAGUAAGCCAGAGCGUCGUCCAAAUAAACAUAUGCAAACUCCUGCACAGUGGGAUAUCAACUUUAAUCCGGCCUACUCGUAUUGGGCGUACUACAUUUACGCCAACAUGUACACUUUAAACAAGCUCCGUGAGUCCAAAGGUUUGUGCACAAUUAAGUUUCGGCCUCAUUCCGGAGAGGCAGGAGAUUUGGAUCACUUGGCGUCCACGUUUUUACUGGCUCACAACAUCGCUCAUGGAAACAACCUCAGAAAAUCUCCUGGACUUCAGUAUCUUUAUUACCUCGCCCAGAUUGGUCUGGCUAUGUCUCCCUUGAGCAACAACUCUUUGUUUUUGGAUUACCACCGUAAUCCUUUUCCUAUGUUUUUUUCACGAGGUCUCAAUGUUUCCCUGUCAACGGAUGAUCCACUUCAAAUACAUCUUACUAAAGAACCACUAGUGGAGGAAUACAGCAUUGCCGCUCAGGUCUGGAAGCUGAGUUCCUGCGACCUGUGCGAAAUCGCAAGAAACUCCGUCUAUCAGUCGGGUUUUCCUCAUCACAUGAAGCUUCAUUGGAUUGGACACAAAUACUUCAAACGGGGAGCUGCGGGGAACGACAUCCACAAAACCAAUGUACCUCAUAUCCGUGUAGAGUUUCGAUACGAGACUUGGCAAGAAGAAUUGCAAUACAUAUGUUUGGGAGGCGCCAGAAUCUCGGAAGAAAUCGAUCCAUAAGGAUAACCCGACGGCUACGAUGGCCUCGUCUUAUACCCAUUCAAAAUGGACGUACAGAAUUUGUUAGAAAGAUUUCCUUGAGGUUAGGUGUCUCGAUUAAGGUAAACCGAUUAAAAGGCAAGUCGCUCGAUCAAUGUCGAGCGAAUGAUCUUAUAGAGGAUCGAUCGAUGUGUUCCAAUCCGUGCUUUCCUUUAGUACUCUUUUUGAUGUGUUCUUCUCAGACUUGGCAAGAAGAGUUGCAAUACAUAUGUAUCAGAAUCUCGGAAGAAA